ACCAUAUAGACUCAUUAUAGAGUAUAGAGUAUAGAGUCUAGAUCUAGUGCCGCUACGGAUUAUUCAAAGUUUCAAGCUUGUAAUAUAGAUGAUUAGAUCUAGAUCUAGUAAAUCUAAUGCUAAUAACGAUUACCUGUAAAGUGAAAUGACAGCUGAAUACAGAGAUGACAAGGAUAAUGAAUUUGCAAAACCAGCAGUGUUAUAUAUUUUACCUCAUAAAUUUCAAAAGAAGAGGCUUAUGGAUAUGAAACAAUCAAUGCUCAAUAAAAAAAUCAUAUUUUUAAAUGAGUUAGAUUCAAAGGUCACACACAUAGUUACUGAGUGUCUGAGCUAUGAACAAGCAAUGAAGUUUUUGGAUGUAAAUAAAGCAGAAGUUCCGAAAAAUGCUUUGAUUGUAUCCACCUCCUGGCUUGUGGAAUGUUUAAAAAAUUCAAAAGUUUUGCCUGUGCUGGAAUGUCAUAGAAUUAAAAAAGUUGAAAAAAAGGAUGCUGAUCAUGUGGAUACAAGUAAUGUUACAGAAGUCUCAGAUUGGGCUUGUAAACGAGGUGCCACGUUAACACAUUGUAAUGAAAAAUUUACAGAAGCACUUGAGUUACUACAAAAUCAUGCUGAAUUACGCAAUGAAGCUAGUGAUUAUUCCAGAGCUCUAGCAUUUCGCAGGGCUUCUUGUGUUUUGAAAUCUCUUCCAUUUGCAUUGACUGAUGUACAGCAGCUGAUUGGUUAUAAGGACAUUGGUGAACAUGUUAGAAAAGUUUUAGCUGAUAUUUUGGAUUAUGGUUCAAGCCCUGAAGUUGAAGAGAUACGAAAUUCAGAAUGGUUUCAUAAAAUGAAGCUAUUUACAAAUGUCUUUGGAGUGGGACCAGCCAUUGCUAAAUCUUGGAUAGACAAAGGUUGGCAGUCAAUAGCUGAUGUUAGACUGGCAGGUUCCAUUAACAAAGAUUGGAGAAUCUCAUGGGGUCUUGCAUUUUAUGAGGAUCUGUUAACCCCAGUUACUAUGCAAGAAGCUGAAGCAUUUGAAACUUUGAUAAGAACAGAAAUGAAGAAGAUUUCCCCAUUAAGCAUAGUAACUGUAACUGGUGGUUUUAGAAGAGGCAAAUCCAAUGGUCAUGACAUAGAUAUACUAAUGACUCAUCCAGAUGAAGGUGCUGAAACUAACAUUUUAUCAAAACUCAUGGGAGCAUUAAAUAAAUGUGAUUUAGUUCUUAAAGGAUAUUUUACACAAAACACAUUUAGCUCAGAGAUGCUCUCUGAUGAUAGCAAGAAAGGUCUUCGAAGCCAUUUUGACCAUUUUGAAAAAUGGAUAGGUAUUUGCAAAUUUCCAAAGAGUUUUCAAACUGAUCGAAAACUUCAAUCAGUUAGAGAUAGCUCUGAGACAUUGCCUGAAAGUGCUCAACAGCUUUCCCAUUACUCUAGAACAAUACAGCAUCAAGAUGUUCUGCCUUCUGAACAUGUCAACAUCUCAGCAGAUAAUACCAUGUCUCCAUGCUCAAAACAUACAUUCAAGACUGAUGAUAAACAAAAGUCCCUUACAUUAAAAAGGGAAAGAACUGAAAUGCUAGAAGAUUCUAGUCCUAAAAGCAAGAGAUUUAAAUAUGAAGAUUUAAGUGAAAAAGAAGUUAUCUCUCUUGCUAAUAGUGAUAGAAACUGGACUGCUCGUCGUGUGGACUUAAUCGUUUCCCCCUACUCUCAGUAUUAUUAUGCUCUAGUGGGUUGGACGGGCAGCAAACACUUUAACCGUGACAUUAGACUCUAUGCUCAGAAAGUUCUGGGACUUCGAUUGACCAGUCAUGGAUUAUUUGACAUGAAAAAGGGAGAAGCUUUGCCUGCCAGUAGUGAAGAGGAAGUGUUUAGACAUUUACAACUUCCAUACAGAGAUCCAAUGGAAAGAAAUUGUUAAAUGUGUCAAAAUUUUAAUAAAUAAUUUAGCAUAAGAAAUAAUUGUCUUUGGUACUGUUUUUCUUUUGAUAGUUAAUUUGCUUCCACAAAAGUUACUGUAUAAUAUAGUACAGACUAGUGAUGGUUAUUGAGUUAUUUCAUACUUUAGUGGACGGCAGAGAUCUUCUUAUAAAUUAAAGAUAUUUCUUUAAAGAGAAACAUAAUUACCUCCCCAGAUUGACUGAGUCACUCUUUGAAUCAAACAAACAAUAAAACGUCUUAAUGCUUUUGAAGUUCAUAAAGAUCCCUGACUUGCUAGCCUAUUUUUUGUUUAGUUGUUUUACAUUCCUUGAUUCAUUAUUAAAUUAUAUGCUUUGUUUUGUAGUUCUCAAAAUGCAAUCUGACAUAAUAUUUUUUUUUUCUUUAAUUCUUUGCCUCAUUGAGUCAAGUCACUGGUAUCAUUCUCUAAAUAUGUGUUUCAUAGCAUUUCAAAGCAUAUCUAAUACUGUUCUUAAACACUUAUCUUGUUUCACUUGACCGCUACUCAAACCAUCAAACAAGUUUGUUUGAAGAAUGAAGAUGCUCAAUUGUUUUGAUAUAUGUCUAUUACUACAAUUUCCUCAAUUGGUCUAUCUACCUUUUAAGCAUUUAUUACUGUAGAAUGAGUGAUUGUUGGUUUUCUGUCUAUUAUUCUUAUGCUUAACUUAUGAAUAUUCUUCUUUCAUGUUUGACUAUUACUAAUUUUAUCUGACAUAAACAGCUAGUUUUACGUUU